AUGACAGACAAGCUCCCCCCCAACCUGCUCGCGCUGUUUGCGGCGCGACCACCCCUGCGAUGGGUUGAAGCUCCCGAUUAUGCGCCCCAGAACCGCAAGACAGCGCCCAUCAGCGGCGUCGCCCAAUUCCUCCCGGAGCUUCAGAAAUACAAGGAGACCGAUGUGUACCACCCCACCGAGAGUUGGCUGCAGCGUCGCGAUCGCAAGAAGCGAGAGAAGAAGGAGAAGCUGGAGAGUCUCGUCACAGAGGCGCCCGAGCAUUACCGGCCUGAUAAGGAUACCAACAUCCGUGGUGAUGCCUUCAAGACUCUGAUUGUUGCGCGUCUGAGCUACGAAGCCGACGAGAAGGACUUGGAAAAGGAGUUUGGUCGCUUUGGCCCCAUUGAGCGCAUUCGCGUUGUUACCGAUACUCAUGCCGACGAGAAGCCAAAUAAAAAGAAGAAGCCCCACCGAGGCUAUGCUUUCGUUGUUUUUGAACGCGAGAAGGAUAUGCGAGGUAAAUAUAGUCCCUCCCCCCUCUGA